GGGCGGGUGGAGAGGUGGGGACCUUGAUCAGUCCCCGGCGUGACCCAAGUCUUCGCCAGUGAGACAUCCGGGGCUGGUCACGGUCCCUUCCAGCGCGGGGGACGCCGGGCUUGGAGACCAAGUUUCACGCGGGCAGAAACACGGGACCCGGAGCUGUCCCUGGCGCUGCUGAGCAGGACGCGGCGUCGCCCGCCGGGAGAUCCCGUCCCGGCCGCCGCGCAGGGCUGCAUGCGCGGUGCGCCCCCGUGUCCAGGCGCUCGGGGCUUCGGCGAUGGCCGGGGCGUCGCGCUGGCGCGCGUGGGCCCCGUUGGGCAUCCUGGGCUCGCUGGCGCUCGGCCUCCAGCAGCGGCGCGAGGCCCGGGCCGAGUCGCAGCCCGAGGAGCGGCGCCCACUGGAGCUGAAGAUGGUGCAGGUCGUGUACCGACACGGGGCGCGGAGCCCGCUCAAGCUGCUUCCGCACACGGAGCAGUCACAACAGGUGGAUUGGAAGCCCCAGCUACUAGAGGUCCCUCCCCAGACUCAGUUCGAUUACACAGUUACCAACCUAGCCGGUGGGCCCAAGCCACCCUCGCCUUAUGACUGCGAGUACAAUAAGACCAUCCUGAAGGGGGGCAUGUGUGCUGGCCAGCUGACCCAAGUGGGCAUGCAGCAAAUGUUUGCACUGGGGAAGAGGUUGCGGAAGAAGUAUGUGGAGGAGACCCCCUUCCUCUCGCCGGCCUUCAACCCACUGGAGGUCUUCAUUCGUUCCACGAACAUAUACCGGAACCUGGAGUCUACCCGGUGUUUGCUGGCUGGGCUUUUUCAGCACCAGAAAGGGCCCGCCAUCAUCCACACCGAUGACACCAGCUCUGAGGUCCUAUACCCCAAUUACGAAAACUGCCAGAGCCUACGGGAAAGAACCAGAAGCCGGAAGAGGAGUGCCUCUCUGCUGCCAGGGCUCCUGGAGGACUUGAAGAAGGUGAAGAACAGUUUGGGCAUCACCCAGAGUGACACCGUGGACUUUCUCAGCCUCCUGGACAAUGUGGCUGCCGAGCAGGCGCACAACUUCUCGAGCAGCUCUGUGCUCAGAGGGUUUGCGCGGUUGAUCGAGCAGAGAGCUGUGGACACCGCUUUGUACAUCCUGCACAGCGAGGACAGGAAAGGUCUUCAGAUGGCUGUGGGGCCGUUCCUGCACCUCCUCCAGAGCCACCUGCUGAAGGGCACCAAUCCUGCCACCCAACCUGACGACACCAGGAAGCUGUACCUCUAUGCCACUCAUGAUGUGACGCUCAUCCCGCUCCUGAUGGCCCUGGACAUCUAUGACAACAAGUGGCCCCCGUUUGCAGCCGACCUGACGCUGGAGCUCUACCAGCACCGAGAGUCCAAGGAGUGGUUUGUGCAGCUGCAUUACCUCGGGGAGGUAGGGUCUUGGGGAGCAGACACAGUGUGUCGGGCUGGGCACCCGCCCUGGGCUGGGCAAAGGUCUCUGGCCCCAGGCAGCUCUGUGGGGGCCCAGUCAGCGGGUGAGUCUGGGUUGUGGCCCAGGGCUAAGACAGAGCCGGUGUCCCAUUCAGUUCAGGACCCUGUGAGGUAGGAUCCUGUCCCCACGUGUCACUGUCACAAUGCAAAGUGUGGCGCCCUAAGGGGAGGUCGGUUUGUGACUCCCUCAGGGUGCCCGGGGGCGGGGCACUGUGCUGCCACUCCCCAGAUCUAGCUGCCAGGUGGCCGUGUCCUCCCCACCAGCCCUCCCUGCACCUGGGUGCCACCUGGGGUGCCAUGUCUCGGGGUCCUGGCAUAGCUGGGAGCACAGCUCCAGUGCUCUGUGGGUCCUUGACACAUGUGU